UGCUGUGUCAGUGUGUGAGUGAAAGCGAAUAACCCCUCAAACAAGCGCGAAAGCAACUACGAUGGCCGAUUCCGCAGCGACCGAAGUCCCGGCUGCAGCAGCUGCUGCCCCAGCCUCCACGGCCAAGUCACCGAAGAAGCCAAAGGCGGCCGCCGGCCCCAAGAAGCCCAAGCAGCCAGCGGCACAUCCUCCGGUCAACGAAAUGGUGCUGGCCGCCGUCAAGGCACUCAACGAACGCAACGGUUCCUCGCUGCAGGCGAUCAAGAAGUACGUGGCGGCCAACUACAAGGCUGACGUGACCAAGCUGGCCACCUUCUUCAAGAAGGCCCUCAAGACUGCCGUCGCCAACGGCAAGCUGGUCCAGACCAAGGGAACCGGUGCGUCGGGCUCGUUCAAGCUCUCGGCCGCAGCCAAGAAGCCAGCGGUAGAGAAGAAGAAGAAAGCAGCGGCCCCCAAGAAGUCGGCCUCUGCCGCGGACAAGAAGAAGAAGACCGCAGCCAAGAAGCCCGCCGGAGAGAAGAAGGCCGCCGCCAAGAAGACCACCAAGAAGGCUGACGGUGCCGCCGCCAAGAAACCGAAGGCCGCCGCAGCUAAGAAACCCAAGGCCGCCGACGGAGCGAAGAAAGCCGCCAAGAAACCGGCAGCCCCGAAGCAGAAAUCCACCAAGCCAACCAAGGCCGCGGCUGCCAAGCCGAAAGCACCGAAACCAAAGAAGGCAGCAGCUCCCGCCAAGAAGGCCGCCGCUCCCAAGAAGGCUGCCGCACCCAAGAAAGCCGCUGCCCCCAAAAAGGCAGCUGCAGCCAAGAAGUAAACCACCUACUACACGUUAUACUGCAUGCUUCUACAACAGCAUUGCAAUAACGCUCUCUUGGUUCCAAGCAACAGUCCUUUUCAGGAC